AUGCAGCCGACGACUAGAACGGGGUCCGCUGCAGCGGAAGCGGACCUGUUUCCGCACCAGAAUGAGCUUCGAAGUGGCGGAACGGACCCGCUGGCGCUCACGCGCAUCGCGGCCGCAGCAGACGAAGCCCGCAGCAAAACGGCAUCGCUGCUCAUUGCAGCGGAACCGGUCCCGGUUCCGCACCGGAAUGGACUUCAAGCUGGCGGAACGGACUGGCUGAGUAGGCCUCUGUGCUUCUACAAUGCGAUUGUUUGGCUGCUCAAAUGGAAUGGUGGUCACCGAAGCGAUUAG